GGUAAUCCCUCCUUAAAUAGCCUCACAAGGCAAGCGAGGGCUGUGCAGUACGACUGUGUGAGAGGGAGGAACAGGAACUCUAGUGCAUUCUCUUGUGCAAUCCAAACACAUUCCUUUACACAGGAGAGAGGAAACCCUCACCAAAGGAGAUCCUGGAACUACUUGCAUAGAGCAUCAACUCAAGAUCCAGGAUGAACUUUGCUGCCCAGUUUUUCUAUGCAAACUACAGGGGUGAGGGAUCUCUACCACGGAGACGAUUCAGUGACAGCGAGGAGUAUGACCCCUUCUGGCAAAGUGAGGAGGAGCAUUUGGGCGCCAGCAAAAAGAAAUGCUCUACUCAUGAUGGUCAGUGCCACAAAGAUGGCCCCAUCAGCAAUGGAACCCUUGCUCGUCGGCCCACCCUCAUCUGUCCAGAGCGUCUCAGAGACUUUGGUGCUGAGGAGUACCUGAACGGGGAUGUGAAGACCUUCGAGACCACAGUUAUAGGAGGACCUGAGGUGCAACUAAUGGCUCCUCCCAAACCUUCCAUCAAGAGGAACAAGGAGUACAAGUCUGCACCUAAAGCUCCUGUGGAGUACCUCCGGUUUGAGGACAUCAGUGCAGCAUCAUUAAAAAUCCAGCAGGCGGGAAUUCAGAAGACCCCUUGCACAUAUUCCAGACUAUCCAAACUGUAUGGCAUGGAGAUUUAUCUGAAGAAGGAGCACCUCCACUACACAGGCUCAGUGAAGGAGAGAGGAGUUCUAUACCUGCUCUCUUCACUGAAACAGGAUCAGCAGAAGAAAGGUGUGAUUGUGGCCACAGACUGUAACUUCUCCAUGGCAGUGGCCUAUCAUGCAGUGGAGCUGAGGAUUCCAGUCUUUGUUAUUAUGCCUGCGUACAGCUCUCCUCCUCGGCUGCGCAUGUACCGCGACUAUGGAGCAAUGGUGAUCUCCUACGGAAGCACAGCACGUGACUCUCAGAACCAUGCCCGCCACCUGGCCAAAGAGAAUGGCUACCUCUGCCUGGAGGAGGAUGACAGUGCGGUGUAUCUGGCAGGUCUGGGUACAGUAGGCAUUGAGAUCCAUGAGCAGGUGCCCAAGCUGGACGCGGUCAUUGUGCCUGCUGGGGGACAGUGCGGAGUGCUGGCUGGCACUGCGGCCGCCAUCAAACACCUCAACCCUCGCAUCUCGGUCAUAGGUGUUGAGCCAGAGGAGUUUCCACUUCUGCUUCAGUCCCUCAAAACAGACUCUCCUAUCAAGGAUCUCUACUCCACCCCGAAUAAAAAACUCUAUGGAGAUUUGGUGCAGCACACUUUGGGAACACACACUUUCCAGUUGGCCAAGAAAAUGGUGGAUAAAGUCAUUUCUGUCAGGGAGGAGGACUCUUUAGUGGCCAUGCUGAGGUUUCAGGAGUACGAGCGCACCACUGUGGACACUGAAGGAGCCAUGGGAUUGGCAGCCAUCUUGGCUGGCCAGCUGCCAGAGCUAAAGGGUAAAAGGGUGGCAGUGUUAGUGGGCAGUGCUAACAUGGAGCUGGACCUGGUGAGGCAGUGUGUGGACAGAGCCCUCGUGCUGGAUGACCGUGUCAGCCGCUUCACUGUUCAGCUGGGAGACUGGCCAGGAGACAUGGCUAAACUACUGGACAUGCUGGCCCGGGAAGAUGUGAGGCUGCUGGACGUUUGCCACAGUCGGUACAGUGACAAAGCAGAUCUCUUUAAAGCACAGGUUGAGUGUGUUGUGGAGACCAGGGAUAAGACUCAGAACUGCCAGCUCCGCCGGACACUGGCUGACCGCUACCCCACACUGCGCUGGUUGGACCGGUGA